AUGGCUCCCUUUGUUCCCGUUCUCAUGGCCUCUCUCCUUGGGGUAGCUUGGACAGCAGGACCAACAGAUUGCCCAAGGUGUCAAGCACCUACCCUAAUGUGUUCAGCAUCUUCAAUACCAGUGAAGUGCGCCGGGAAUGAUGACAGCUGCAUCAGCGUAGAGGAUGCAAACACGGGAAUAGGUAACACUGCAAUGACCGGAAGUGCCAAGUCAUGUGCAAAGAGUGCAGACAACUUGAACGGCAGCCUUGCCUUUGAGUUUGGAGAUGGGGUAUAUCUGAAGAUUGCUUCUCGGCUUUGCAACGAUACGAACUGCCAAGCAUCAUUCGACCGUUUUUUAAUCCAAAACAUUCUGAAUGGAAAGUAUUGCCCCAAGUGCUACAAGCCAGGCUACGAAAGCUGUGAGGAUAACGGGACUGUGCUUUGCCGAGGAGACAUGGUAGACUGCACUGCCAUUCAUGGGAAAAUAUCAGAAGCAAUCUUGACAACUGGAAUGUUUGUGAAUAUUACAUGCCCUUACACCAACUCACCAAAUCUGUGUCAGAGGCUGUACGUCUACAGGCGUAGCACAAGUGAUACUACAAUUUCCUUUGCUGCCAAGGGGUGUGUUAGCAAGUCUGUGUGCUCCUUGCCAACUGUCCCAAUGACCAUCUCAUCGGGAGUUUUCAGCUACACAUUUGUCAGUGUCGUCCCCUGUAAAGCAGCCAACAGCGCUUUUGCAACUGUGAGAAGGGCAACUUUCACCCUGGACAGGGAAAACCUUGGUCCUCAAAUGGCUUUCUUCUUUCCAUCCUUCCUUGGCUUUUUUGUGGUGAAGAUCCUCUCCUAA